AUGUCAGAGCUCGUCAAGCCAAGCGUGGAAUACAAUAGAAGAGCGGCGAUUAUAGAAAGCCUUUGCGCCGGGAGAACGCCGGUCGGAAUUAUAAAAUUCUUUGUGUACCCGAGAUCGACGGUAUGCGAGGUUGCGAAGAGAUACGCAGCCUCAGAGGGGUUCGAGAAAGGUUCUCCUUCCCCGGCGAGAAAAGUUCAGGUUAGGGAAAAAUCAACAAGGACGCCAGAAAUCAUUCAAAGGGUCCAAGACAUGAUUCUGGAAGAUCCGAGGACUUCACUUCGAAAAUUGGCCUCCGCCUUGUGGGUGAGUGAAACGAUCGUCCGUCGAAUCGCUCAAGAGGAUCUUAGAUAUGCCUCCUACGUUCUCAAAGCCCGUCAGAUGUUCUCCGAGACCGCCAAGCUUAAAAGACUUGCCCGUUGUAAUUUGCUUCUAUGUUCAUUAAAACACGAAGCUGCUGGCCACAUUAGGUUUUUUUUUGAUGAGGAAAUUUUCACUGUGGAUGCCAAAGUGAACCAGAGGAACGACCGUUGGCUUGCCCACAAUCCUGAGGAUGUCCCUGUUGUGGGCAAAACCAAAUUUCCAGCCAGUGUUCACGUUUUGAGCGUCGUCUCAAGUGAGGGCGACGUCAUGCCGCCGCACUUCUUCCAAAAAGGCGAAACAGUCACAAAGGAGAUUUAUUUGGAGGUCCUGAGGACAGUAAUAAAGCCGUGGAUGGAGACUAUGGCUUCUGGAAGGCCGUAUUUAUUUCAACAAGAUGGCGCACCUGCUCACACGAGUCAUCUUGUUCAAAAUUGGCUCUCUGAUAAUGUCGACAUGUUUUGGUCGAAGGAUUUCUGUCCUCCUAACAGUCCCGACCUAAACCCACUGGACUACUACGUGUGGGGCGUAAUCGAGAGACACACUAAUAAGUGCAGGCACCUCAACGUCAACUCCCUGCGAGCUGCUAUCGAGGCAGAGUUCACGGCUAUGAAACGCGACCAAUUGAAGUCAGCGUGCUCGCGCUUUAGGGCAAGAAUCGAGCAGGUUAUAGAGGCGCAGGGUGGCUAUAUAGAAUAA